AUGAAUUUUGAAUUAUUACCCAAUGAAAUAAUACUUGAUUCAUUCGAAUAUCUCUCUUUUAUUCAUCUUUAUCAAAGUUUCUUUGCUCUCAACUCGCGUUUUAACAAAUUACUUUGUCAACAAUUUCAAACAUUUCAUCGCGAUUUACGAUUAACAUCAAAAACAAAUUUUCAUCGAGUAUGUCAAAACUAUGUUCUACCAGUUAUCAAUCGAAUUAUUUCUCUUAAUCUUUCAAAUGAUGAUAAUACACCACAACAAAUUGAACAUUUUCUACCUCCUAAUUAUAAACUUCGUGAAUUUAUUUGUUUAAAAUCAAUAUCAUUAUCAUGUCUUAGAUCUCAACGAACACUCGAUCAAAUAAUGGUUGAAUGUUCUGAUCUUCCUUGUCUCACCCAUUUUACUUUAACUGAUAGUCAUGUAUCAAUGACUGAAAAUGAUGCACAACGUUUGUUUGAUCAAAUAUGGAGUCUAUCAAAACUAACUUACUGUUAUCUGGAUAACUGUUUUGUUAAUGAGAAUUAUUUUCCCAAUCCAACAGUUAUUUCUACAUCGCUUAGACAUUUAAAUAUUCGAAAUAUGACUUGUUUCUUGUCUACACUACCUCGUUUAUGUCAAUGUACACCUGAUCUUAAAUAUCUUUCAAUCAUGUUUUAUGAUGAUUCUGAUCAGUUGAACUCAUUAUUACCUAUUCUAUCAAUUACUCGAUUAAAUAUUUGUUUUGAAAGUUCUAUAAUUAUCUUACAGCAUCUUUUACAAAAUAUGCCUAAUUUAUAUCAUUUAACGGUAGAAACAUAUGAUUUUCUUUUAAAUGGAAAUCAAUGGAAAGAAAUGAUUAAUAAAUAUUUACUAAAAUUAAAAAUCUUACAAUUUAAGACAAGACCUAUAGCCAUUGGCGAAUAUGGAGAGAUUCAAUUCAAUGAAAUCCUUGAUUCAUUUCGAACAAAAUUUUGGAUUGAUGAACAUCAAUGGUUUGUUCAAUGUCAUUUGCUUCGUCAAGAUAAACCAGAUACACGCUAUUAUAUUUAUGUUUUUACUUUACCAUAUGCAUUUAAAGAUUUUUCUGAUGUUAAAAUUUCACAACUACGACUCUUACUUGAUCGGGCAGUUCGUCUUCAUUCAUUGCGUUGUUUUUAUUGGCCAUUAUCCAAUCGUCAAUUAUUACUGAUGGAAAUCACAAGUACUUCGGUUCGUCGACUGGAUUUACAAGGCUACAUCUGUGAUUUUGAUGAGGAACAAUGCAUUCAACUGAGUCAUUCACCUUUAGGUAUUCAAUGUGAAACACUUUUGAUUAGAGUUAAAAAUCGAAGAAACAUACUUAAUCUUGUGAAUAAUAUGUCUAAUCUUCAAGCGUUAAAUGUUCAAUGUCUAGAUGAUAAUUGGACAGAUGAAAAUGAUUUAACAUCAUCGAUAGAUGAUGAACUUGUCGAAUGGUUACGCCAACAAUUACCGUCAACAUGCACGAUAAUGAGAGAUACGUUUCGUGUUCACGACAUUCGAUUAUGGAUUCAUGAAAUUUUACAUGCUAAAUAUCAAUUAAUUUAUACUGUUGGUAGUCAACAACAAGUUGAUGAGAGUGCAGAACAUUGGAAAACUAUUCAACAAAUUCUUGAAUUAGUUGCGAAACAUUCUACUGAUAUUUCAAAAUAUUUUAGUGAAAAAGUAUGUUAUAAAUCAUCUGAACGAAGCAGUGCAUUCCCACAAUUUCGUUUACAAUUAACUAAUGAUACACAAUUAUUACUUCCUGCUCAUAUUUGUCAAUAUGAUUUAUCAGAACUUCAAAAAAUAGAUGCAAUAGUUGUUAAUAAUUUAUUAAAAAGUGAAAAUGAAAAUUAUCAAUUUUUACCUAUCAAUGUAACAUAUUAG